AUGACCUUUACUUUCUUCAAACCCAAGAUGCCUUCACUCAGCGCUCCUGCAGUCUCUUCACCAGUUUUUUAUCCAUCCGUUACUUCUGAGUUUGAAGCUGCGAACCAGAAAUUCGCUGCGACGUUUACUCAAUCCCAUCUACCUGGUCCACCCCGUCGAAAAGUCGCAGUGGUAGCGUGUAUGGACAGCAGAUUGGAUGUAGAAAAGGUACUCGGCUUAGACAUCGGCGAUGCGCACGUCAUCAGAAACGGUAACCAUCCCCAAUAUCUCGAUAUCUGCUGCAAAGCUGACAUGGAUGUCACAGCCGGCGGUCGCGCGGUAGAAGCCCUCCGAUCAAUCCUGAUUUCUCAGCAAUUACUCGGAACGCGUGAGAUAAUCAUUAUGCACCAUACCGGCUGUGGUAUGCAGAGCUUCUCCGACACGGAUUUCCGAGCCAAGAUCCGGCAGGAGAUGCAUGAAGAUGUGGACCAUAUGGCGUUUCUUCCUUUUUCUGAUUUGCGACAGAGUGUUAUUGAUGAUGUUGCGUUUCUGCGAAAGAGUCCGUUGAUUUUGGAUGUUCCUAUUACGGGGUAUGUUUAUGAUGUCAAGACGGGCCGGAUUGAACAGGUUGAUGAGAGAGCAGACUCUGAGUGCUCUAGCCCUUGA